AUGGGUCUGUUUGACAGAGGUGUUCAGAUGCUCUUGACCACAGUGGGAGCAUUUGCUGCAUUCAGUUUAAUGACAAUUGCUGUGGGCACAGACUACUGGUUAUACUCUAGAGGGGUCUGCAAGAGCAAAUCCAUAAGUGAAAAUGAAACCAGCAAAAAGAAUGAAGAAGUCAUGACCCAUUCUGGAUUGUGGAGAACAUGUUGCCUUGAAGGUAAUUUUAAGGGUGUCUGCAAACAGAUUGACCACUUUCCAGAAGAUGCAGACUAUGAAGCAGACACUGCCGAAUAUUUCCUACGAGCUGUGAGGGCUUCCAGUAUAUUCCCUAUCCUCAGUGUGAUCCUACUCUUCAUGGGAGGACUGUGCAUUGCUGCCAGCGAGUUCUACAAAACUCGACACAAUAUCAUAUUAAGUGCUGGCAUCUUCUUUGUGUCUGCAGGCCUGAGCAACAUCAUUGGAAUUAUUGUGUACAUAUCUGCCAAUGCUGGAGACCCUUCAAAAAGCGACUCAAAGAAAAACAGCUACUCAUAUGGCUGGUCCUUUUACUUUGGUGCCCUUUCCUUUAUUAUUGCUGAAAUGGUGGGGGUGCUUGCUGUUCACAUGUUCAUUGACCGCCACAAACAGCUGAGGGCCACUGCACGAGCAACGGACUACCUCCAGUCCUCUGCAAUCACUCGCAUUCCAAGUUAUCGCUACCGUUAUCAGAGGCGCAGCCGCUCCAGUUCCCGGUCCACGGAGCCAUCCCACUCCCGCGAUGCCUCUCCUGUAGGUCUCAAGGGCUUCAACACGCUUCCCUCCACUGAGAUCUCUAUGUACACGCUGAGCCGCGACCCACUCAAAUCGGCCGGGACCCCCACAGCCACUUAUAACUCGGAUAACAGCUUCCUCCAAGUUCAUAACUGUAUACCCAAAGAUAAUAAGGACUCUGCGCACACCAACACAGCCAAUCGCAGGACCACCCCAGUAUGA